GCCAUUGUCAUCACACUUUUCAUUCAUCGUUUGUUUUCAUAAUGCACAGGGCACGGGCUGUCGAUAUUGUUAAAGCUGGCGGAUUACUCGUUUUCCGUCGAUGUCAACAAAAAAUUGAGUAUCUGAUGCUGAAAAAGCCUAGACAUAAGUUACACUGGUCGCCACCAAAAGGUCACGUAGAUGCAGGGGAAACCAACUAUGACGCAGCCAUUAGAGAAACAUUUGAGGAAGCAGCCCUCCGAGAAGAACAUCUCAGCAUAUACAAAGAUAAAUGCUGGACACUCACUUACCUGACAAAGGGAAACAGAACUAAAGAGGUUGUCUAUUGGCUGGCUCAGCUGAGAGACUGGAAUACACCCAUUAAAUUGUCCAAUGAGCACGAUGGUUACAAGUGGGUUGUAAUCUCUGACGCCCUGGAGAUGUCCGACAGGGCCAACUGGCCAGAAAUGAGGAGGAUGCUACUUGAAGCUGAGGAACACCUGCGAUUGAACAUGGCUGAUGGAUCUACGACCUCUACAUAAUUAUUCAAUGUUAUCUCCAUUUAGGUUGUUUCCAUUCUUAAUUUGUUUGUUUUUUAGUGUGUGAUUCUUAAUGAAGUAUUUUAACUAGGUCAGCUUUGUAAGUCAAUAAUAGUACUUCCUUCUGUGUUAUGAUUGUGCAUGGUGUUUUAUUUUUUGAAAUGUUGCAUAUGAAGUGAAACAAUUUGCCAGUUUUUUUAAAUGUAAAUUUAUUGAUUUUAUUUAAGAACUACUUUUUAACGAUGCAGUGCAAUUGUAAAUUUGAGUUUAACUGUAAUUAUUUGAUACUUUGUGUUUUAACCGAACUUCAUGAAUAACCAAUUGAUGUAACAAUAUAUUGAAAUACAAGUUUUGGAGACAAAAGGGUUUCUUAGAUCGUAUGCAAAAACUAAUUGUAAAGCAAUUUUUAUAAACCUAAUUCAUACUUGUCGUGUUCAACCAUUUGAAACCAUUCACCUUGCACACUAUGUACAGGGCACACAACUACAGACUCAAAUUACAGUUCACCAUGAAUGAAAUUAUAGUUCACCAUGGGUGCAAUUAUAGUUCACUAAAUCAACCAGGGUGUACCAACAUGUAACAAAGUAGCACGCAAACUCUUUGAUAUCAGGGUAUUGUCAAGGUUGUGUGCUUAGCAGAGAAUACUGCUCAGUCCUCACCACAUGCACUGUAUGCAUUUGCUUAGCAAACAUGGCAAGGAGAGUUGCCACAAGCUUUCAAAUGGGCAUACAUGUUUUCCCUCAUGAUGUACUGUAUGCACAUGAUGUAUUUAGCAUUUUUGUCUUAAAAUGUGGUUAUAACUUCAUCUUUUAGGAUUUUUAGUUUAUUUUUUAGUGAUAAUUGUAAUAAACACCCUCUUAAGUAAACAUGUAGGGCCUACCUAAGUAAAUAAAUGUGUGGUCGAAAAUGGCAGGUUCAUACAUGUACUGUAAUAUAGAUUUUUAAUCGGAAUUAUCAACGUUCUGAGAUUUUGUUUCGCCUGGGUGGGUUCAAAAUCAAAAUAGAAAAAGUAAAAAGUUUCAAACAAAAUUCAAAAACACCAAAUAAACAAAUGAAAUGGCACAAAAUAGAAAUCUUAAGUUCAGGUUUGCAUUUUUAGUUCAUGAGUACAAAACAACACGAAACCUGCGAUCUUCACAUAAAUCCCUGCCGACUCCCCCAGUUAUCAAAACCAAGUCGUACGGUACCCGCUCUUUCCAAUAUGCAUCAGUUCAGUUAUGGAACAGUCUUCCAAGAGGUUGUCAAACACUUAACAGAUUGAGACAUCAGAACAAUUCAAAAUCCGGUUAUAAACAUAUCUGUUUACUUUGUACAAUAGUUGUUGAUUUCCUUUUACAGCGCAUCUAUAGGGACCUCAUGGUGAUACGCGCUAUAUAGAAUGGUUUUAUUAUUGUAUUAUUAAUAUUAGUAGCCCCGGUAUGGCAUCAGUCACUGAAAAAGAGGCACACAUAGAGAAGUCUAUUUCUACCUCCAUGGUAAUAGAGUGUAACAUGGACUGACCCAUAUAUUUAUAACCACUUUUGAACCCCAAACUACCCUAAAUAAGUAUUGAUUAAAUGUUAAUAAAAUUGAGCUCUUGCCUAAGUGUUUUAUGCAGAAAUUCUCUCUCAGUGUCAGUGUUGAGGUUUAUAGAGUACAACUAUGUGUAUACUUCAAUGAAUGUAGCCAAUCAAUUAUUAUGCAAAAUAACUACUUGUCUUGAAGAUAUCUAUGUAUUUUAAAUAGCAAGUAUAAUGUUUGUCAGUGAAUUUUUAGAGCUGCUACAUGUUACUAAACUCAUGACAAAACAUCUUUUAGACUUUGAAUAUAGCGUACAUAAACAUGUAUUGUCCAACUUCUUGUUUAAUACGGCAAGUCCUUUUUCAUUGUUAUGUUGUACAAUAACAGGAAAACAAGGAAAAGGGGGAAACAAGAACUUAAAAGAACCUCCUUUUCUUGUGAGGAUAUGCAGGCCUGGAAUUUCAUCUUUGAGAGGGCAAGGGCAUUUUCAUUUUGCAUUUCUUAUUAUGGUCUACAUGUACAUGUAUUGUAGGGGGGGGGGGGGAGUGUCCUAAACUUUUGAAGGGCCACCAAGGUCAAGACCAAGGCAACAGAGGUCAUAUGUAGCUUUCAUGUAACUCCAUGUCUGGAUUAAAAAAAAGUGUAAAAUAAUCUGCUGAAAAAGCAGCUAACCUCGUGAAUUCAGGACUUUUGGCCACUUUGGGAGAAUGACUAGUACAACAUGUACAAUGCACAUGUACAUUGUAUGUUAAAGCAAUCGCACACCAU